CAAACUCGGACCAGUUAAUUGUCAUAUACAUCAGAAUAUAAUGAAAAUCUUUGCUUGCAGGAACCUCACAGACUAAACCGUAUACAGGGCAAUAAUAUAACAUAACCUGUGCCGAGCGUAGAUAGGGGCAAAGACUGUAGUACAGACUGAGGUAGUGCAAAAGAAAUGCUAAAGUAGCAAUAAGGAAUUAAUGAGAGAGGUGGAAUUAAAAUUGAUUACCUUUGAUUGUAAAGUUCUUUGGUAUGGUCUGAGGUCGGCAAAGGCCAUACAUAACAUCAGUGUCUUUCUCGACAUAACCCUGACUCCAAUCUCCAAUUUACCGUAACAUAACAUUCCCUGCCCUCUCUGCGCUGAUUGGUUACUCGACGAUUUACGUUAGGCAUACCAGUCUUUCUAAUGGCUUCUGGAACUGUCAGUCAGUACGGCUCCGCCUUCCUCCCUAAAUUAUAAAGAGGGCAGCGGUUUUGAAGUUGAGAAGUGUUUGUAAAUUUCACAGAUUAGUCGUGUGUUGGUAGCAGGAGACUAUUUAAAACUCUCACGUGGCGACAUGGCAUCUGAAGAGCUGGCCAAAAAACUCCAACGCCGGCUGAUGCUGGAAGAAUCGACAGAAAAUUCAAACGGUGCCAUCCUUGAAAAUAACAAUCACAUAGAGGUGGGUGUAGAGGAGGACAAACCCGUCACCAGCAAUGCAGACACCGAGCUAUCCGCUAAACUGACCAGGAGACUGGGUAUCAAUGAAGGGACGACAGAGCCCAAACAAGCUAAAGUGUUUAACCCUUACACCGAAUUCAAAGAAUUCACCAGGAAACAGAUUAAAGACAUGGAAAAAAUGUUCAAACAGCAAUUCAAAGAACUUCUGGUGGGACCAGAGAAAAUCGCAUGGAAGGCAUUCAAGGAUGUUGCUGAAAAAAUUCUUGGCAACUACAGAAGAGCACCAAACUACCUGCAGCUGGUUGACAAGUUGCUUCAGGCAUGCAAAACAAUAAAGUGUAACACGUCACUAAAUAUUCAUUUUCUGCAUUCCAAUUUAGACUUCCUUCCUGCAAACCUUGGUGCUGUCAGUGAUGACUGUGGUGAAAUGUUUCACCAGAACAUUGCAGUCAUAGAGAAACAAUAUCAGGGCAACUGGAAUCCAUUAAUGCUGGCUGAUUAUUGUUGGACAGUUAAGCGAGAAGCCUCAGACACUGAAUACAAAUGAAAAUCAUCAACAAAAUAUUUUUAGCUUAGUUGAACUAUUGCAAAGUGUCAGCACCUUUAUUCAAUUAAGCACAUUAUAUUCAGUAAAAGUUAAUUUCUUGAUUCUCCAAAUUCCUAUGUGAUACAAGUAGUCUGAAAUUACAUUUGUGUUUGGCUUCAAGCAGUCUAUCAUAACAAAAAACAAUCCUGAGGAAGCAAUACUUUAAAAAAAAAUUGUCCAGUGUUGUGUAUACAAUGUACUUUUUCCAUUACUUUCUUAAAUUAACUUUUGAAAUCCAGAUUUUCAGUAAAGGGUUGUAAAGCUUCACGUGUAAGAAGCCAAUACACAUAGGUAGAAAUUUCCUUUCCAAGUUGCCUCUUGUUCAUCUGAAAAUGCAGUGGGCAUGAUCACAGCCUGCCAGACCCAAUAUCAUCCAAACAAACCAACUCGAAGUGUACACCAUUCUUGAGCUGCCAAUCCUGUCUCUCCUGCAAACAAGUCUCACUAAUAGCUACAAUGUCAUAAUGCCACAUGCUGAUCCAUGCCAUGCCCUAAGCUCAUCCGCCUUUCCUACAAUACUCCUUGCAUUAAAGUAUAUGCAACUCAGAACAUUAGUCCCACCAUGCUCGACUCAAUUGCUGACUUUGUUUGUAGGCUGAACAACAUCCUUCUCCAGAACCACUCUAUGAUCUGUCCUCACACUCUGCUUCCCAUCCCCCUGCAACAGUAGUUUAAACAGCACUUCACCCCCCGCCCCCACCCAGCAGUACUAGCAAACCUUUAUUAGUCCUCCUCCAAUUUGGGUGCAAACCAACCCUUCUGACAGGUCCCACCUUCCUUGGAAGCGAGCCCAAUAAUCCAAAAACCUCUUGAACCAACUCUUUAGCCACAUGUUAAACUGUAAAAUCUUCUUUCUUCUGGCUCAAUAGCACAUGGCACUCAUGGCAAUCCAGAGAUCACAAUCCCGAAGGUCCUGCCCUUUAACUUAGCACCUAACUCCUUGAGUAGCACAACAAACUGCUGGAAGAACUCAGCAGACCAGGUAGGUUCAGUGCUAGAGACCUAGCCUCUGCUAAGUCGUCCAGCUCAAUGAUAUCCAAAGUGCCCUACCUGUUAUUGAGGAGCAUGAUCACAAGGUAUUCUGCACCAGCUUUCUAUCUCCUUUUCCCCUCCUGACGGUCACCCUGAUAACUGUGUCCUCCGCCUCCGGUGUGACUACUGCUCAUUUUUCCUGUUUAUCAACCCUGCCUGAACAAUCGGGAGUUCGUACAUUUCCAGCUUCAGCUCCUGAACCGUCUGUUAGAAGCUGCAGCUGGAUACAUAUCUUGCAGGUGUAGUGGUCAGGGACACUGGAGGUCUCCCUGCCUUCGCACAUCCCAAAACAGGAGCAUUCCAGAAUCCUGUCUGCCCCCCCUCCCCCCCCCACUGCUCCAAAUGUGCAACAAGAAAGAAAUGUGGAAUAUUUAACUUUUCAAGGAAGAUCUACAACAAACCCCAGAAAACAUGAACUCCCCAAGAGCCAAUGCAAUGCUGGUGAUUAAAUUCACAUCUCCAGUCUCUAACAGUGUCCUUCAAUGUCUCUGGAAAGGAUGAAAAUCUCCAACUCUGCAUAUCGCUUAUCUCCAUGACCCCUACUUUUCUGUAUGGCUAUGAUAUGAGCUAUCAAGAGCAACUUCACUAAUUAUUAACCAUACAAACUCCUCCAAUUGCAUUUGGAGGAUACAGAAACAAACAUUAGCAUCCAUUUCUAGGCCAAUAUCUUUUGCAGUGAUGUCUGAUAAAUGUUCCAUUGGCUCCAGUGAGGAGGCUGCAUCAUUCACAUGCCUGAAACUCCAGAAAUAAACACUGUUUCAAGCUCCGUCACUCCCAUACAUUGCCAAGACGACCUUUACAUCCCCACUGCUUUGUGGGAAUUGCUGGCCCACGAGCUCUCAUGGGGGGGAAGAGCUGCGAAUGGGAUGACACCAAGAACCAUGUUGAGGCCCCAUGUGAAUGACUGCAGAAUGACACCACUUCUAAAACUUUUGGGACCCUCCUGUGCCAAGAAGCUUAAGUUGCUUUUUCCCCUUCUUAGAACCCACAGAGCUGGUGAGACAUUGUCAACCAUCAACUUUGCAAGAUGUGCUGUGGUUCUGACCCCUAUCAAACAUGACUAAUAUUGCAGUAAAUUCCUUAUCAAAGGAUGUUAUUUUUAAGGUGUUCAACUGAACCCACUUAACUGUUAGUGCAUAGACAUACACAUACGAUCUUCGAUUCGAUAUUGAACACAGACUCUACAAAAUCAUACCACUGGAUCUUUUGCAUUUGCCCAAUAGUGGAAUUUUACUGCCACUACAUCUUCCUUGUGCACUAUGAAAUAUGAUGUUUUAUGUUUUUUCUGCCUUAAAUGCAAGCCCUUAGUGUGUAAGACUGAUGUCUCUGUUUAGUGUCACAUCCACCCCUUUCAUCAUGCAGUAUCAAGUUAGAAAUGCUUUGUCAAAGAUUUUGAGUUUGAUAUAGGGAAAAGAAUGAGCAGUGUGCUCAAAAGCAAAUAAAUUGCAUAAAGUAAUUAUUCUUAAUCAGCUAAUAAGUCACUUAACAGCUGCAGCAAAACUCCAGCUGGAAGGAACCGCAUUUUAAGAAUGUUUUGAUGGAGAAGAUGUGGGAUCACUCCCACACUGAAUUUCAGGCAUUCCUAUUUCCCAUCAGGUCCGAUCUUCCUACAAGAAUGACUUGGAGAAAGGAGGGAGGUCAAACUAAUUGGGCAUCUUUCUGUAAUCAUACAAUCAGCAUCAGGUUUAACAUUACUGUCAUACUGUGAAAUUUGUUUUGCAGCAGCUGUAAUUUUAAAAAGUAUAAAUUAAAUUAAGAAAUACAGUUGAUUCUGGUUC